CUCUGAAUUUCACUGUCAAAAUAAAAUUGCUUAAUUAUUUUCUUAGCUUUAUUGGAAAAUAUAAAGCGUACAUUUUCAGAAGUCUGCACAGAUUAUGGGUAGUAAUAAUAAUGAAGACCAAAAUGUCGCUGUAUCCGGAUGGACACAACCCAGUUCGCCGGAAUUCAUUAAAGAGGAGCGACUUUACACCGAACUUGACUCGCAAGGCCGGAUGAUAAGCAGGACUAUGACGCCAUAUGAGUGUCAGCUCGAGGGCGAAGUGGAGCAGUUGCAAGAGGCGCUUUUUAAAAUCUCGUCCCAUUACGCCAAGGUUCAGUUCGGACUGCGGCAAAUAUCCUUGGCUUCAGGUUCCGAGCGGGACAAUCUGUUGAAAGAUUUGGAGCGAUUAACAGCAAAAGGACUAGAUGCGACUGGUGCCAUGCGGGACGGAAAGUUCUCCAUGCCAGCCAAACUGCGUGUGAAGCAAGACAAGAUUCUCUGUCAACUGCGUGGGAGUCUCGGAGACUUAGUCGGAGCAACUGGUGUCAGCUGUCACGCAAAUCAUUCCCAUGCCACAAACAGAUCUCUAAAGAUUUCUACAGAUUCUUCCAAUAGGACUCCAACCAGCAAAGACGUCGGUCAGGGAUGUGGCAUAAGCCGAAGAUGUAUUGGCCAUGCGACGGAAGACAGCAAACCUGCCACUGGACACAUGAAACGCCCCUGUGGUGAUUUAAGUACGGAAAGCAAGAUACACCGUUACCAUACCAAGUCAGUCACUUAUUCGAAGAUUUGCGGUAAUAGUAAAAGAAUGGAAGAUGGAAAAACUCGUACAAACAAUAAUUAUUUGGAGCUGUUAUAGUCGAAUAAUAUUAAAUUUAGCAAAAGGAUUAAAAGCAAAACAGGGGAAAAAGAAGAACAGCGUGUAAUCUCCACAAAUGAGAAGACGACGAUUUUAAGAAAUGAAAAGUUAAAUUUAUAUUUUUUACCAAAUA